AUGCUCAUUGCUCGGCUGAAGGGUCAACUGGCAAGGAAGGAGGAUUCAACUAGCAGCUCAACGGAUCAAAACCAGGCAAAUCAGCUACAGCGUCUUGACAUCAAGCCAUUCGAUGGGAAACCGGAGGAAUGGAAAGAGUUCAGUGACCUUUUCAUGUCACUGGUGGGACAAGUAAUGUUAAUUCCACCAGUACAGAAAUUGGUGAGACUAAAGGGAUGCCUGAGAGGUUCUGCAGCAGCUGUCCUCUCAACCUUCCAGGCCAAGGACGAAAACUAUGAAAAGGCUUGGCAGAAACUCACCAGCAAGUACGACGACCCUAGGCUCGUCGCUCAGUCGCUGUUUAACAGAAUCCUGACGCUGCCGAAAAUCACACAAGCGACAGAAGAGAACCUCAGCGUCAAUGGAGCAGCAGCAUUGCAGACCCUCGAUCAACUGCAAGACGUGACGGUGUCAACAAAGGAGAACAUCGCUGAACAGCUAAUAGCCCAUUUACUGAGGAGAUCUCUUGAUGCAGAGACACUCAAGCAGUGGGAACUACAGCUGGGAGAAUCCAAGGACUUCCCGAGCGUUAAGGAGUUCGUGGCAUUCAUCGAGGCCUGCGGCAGAGGGACCAACGCAGGUGCAAACGCUGUUAUCGACGAAGGAAAUCAUCACAGCCACAAAGAAGUCAGCUCCACCAAAGAAAAGGAGCACCUAUACAGCAGCAACUCACCAGCAGGAAAAUAA